UAAAAAUCUAAUCGAAGGAUUUCAAAUUAGACAGAUCUCAUAUGUACGGUUAAGAUUCAACUAUUGGACGAUCUUACAGUAGUCCCCAUUACUCUAGAUUCGUCUGCCAAUCAAUAAUGCCCAUUGCCCGCGCAGUUUCAAAAUCUUUUUUCUCCCCCACCAAAAAGUAAAGGAAAAAACUCUGAAAAUCCACUUUAUUUAUCCGCAUGAGGGAAGGAGAAAGAGAGAGAUUGUGGCCUGUUUGGUUUGGUUGGUCGAUGAAGAGGAGAGGGGUGAAGCGGGGAAGCAAUAGGGGGAGGAGAAAUGGUGGGAAAAUGAAAGGAACAUUGGGGAGGCACUUUCAGAUUCAGCUCCACCAUCACCAAUCAUCUUCCGCCACCUCAUCAUCUCUUUUCACCCAGAACCUUCCAGAUUCCCAACCCAAUGAUCCUUCCACUUCCGCUUCAGCUUCCGUUUACGCUCUCGACCUCGACGCCGCCGAUGACAAAGAUUUCAUUCUCAGCCAAGACUUCUUCUGCACUCCUGAUUAUAUCACCCCUGAUAAUCAGAACUUUAUGAAUGGCUUUGAUUGCAACAAGUAUAAUAUUCCUUGCCCCAAGUCGCCGGAGAAGCUGAAUACUCUCAAAAGCAAGAGAGCUCGACAAGAUGGUAUCUUGGUAAAUCCACUCAGUCCUACAUUAUCUGGGUCUCAACAAAUAGUGGAACUUGCCAAAGACAACUUUGAUGUGGAUGAAGUCAACCUAGAAAAAACAGCUGUAGCUGUGGUACAAAAGACCAAAAAUUAUGUUUCCCAAUCUGCUGUUGCUCCUCGGUGUAGGGUUACACCACCUCCUUGCAUUAAAAACCCAUAUCAAAAGGAUGCUUCAGAAGUCGACACAGAUCCUUGGAAUCAAAGAUCAAAAUGUGCAGGUUUCUUCCCUGCAAUUAUUGGUGGAAAUGGCCUUUCACGCUAUCACACAGAAUUUCAUGAGAUUGAGCAAAUUGGUACUGGCAACUUCAGUCGUGUUUUCAAAGUUUUCAAGAGAAUUGAUGGUUGCUUGUAUGCUGUGAAACAUACUACACGGCAAUUGCAUCAGGAAACAGAGAGGAGGAAAGCCUUAAUUGAAGUUCAAGCUUUAGGAGCAUUAGGGUCUCAUGAAAACAUUGUUGGAUGUUACUCUUCUUGGUUUGAAAAUGAGCAACUCUAUAUUCAAAUGGAGCUCUGUGAUUACAGCUUGUCCAGAAAAACAUCUUCCCAGUUGUUCACAGAAGGAGAAGUACUGAGAGCCUUGCAUCAGAUUGCAAAGGCAUUGCAGUUUAUACAUGAAAGAGGAAUUGCUCAUCUGGAUGUAAAACCUGAUAAUAUAUAUGUCAGGAAUGGUGUUUAUAAGCUUGGUGAUUUUGGAUUUGCAACUCUCCUAAAUAAGAGCCUGCCAAUUGAAGAGGGUGAUGAACGUUAUAUGCCUCAAGAAAUUCUAAAUGAGAACUAUGAUCAUCUUGACAAAGUUGAUAUCUUCUCUUUGGGAGUUACUAUAUAUGAGCUCAUUAGGGGGUCGCCUUUGCCAGAAUCAGGACCUCAGUUUCUUAGAGAAGGGAAGCUGCCACUCCUUCCUGGGCAUUCCCUACAAUUUCAAAAUUUACUUAAGGUCAUGGUGGAUCAGGAUCCAGUUCGACGGCCUUCUGCUAAGCAAUUAGUUGAAAAUCCAAUCUUUGACAGGGUUCCAAAUAAUGCAAAAGCAACUUUAUAGUUGUGCUCUUGAUGGAGCUUGAAAGGCUUUCAACGUGACUACUUACAAUCGGCUGACCCCGGUUGAACUGAGGGAACUGUGAAACAAUUCCUUUAAUUUAUGCACCAAAUUUUCUCCCCCCAUACUGUGCGCAUUUUUGUAAAGUUAUAUGGAUAAAGCCAUUCUCAAGAUUUAUUGUAUUAAUUAUGACUAGA